UGCCCUUGACCCGAGGGUAUAAAGGGGAGGGCCUCCGUUCCUCCUUAGGCUUCCCCAAGCCGCCGCUGCCGCAGGAGCUGAGACUUAGAACUUCAAGGACUCACUGUGGGUGCCCAGCAUGAUGUCCUAUGGAGAGAGAAUGGGGGGACCGGCUGUCUCCCCACUUCCAGUCCGCGGGAGACACGUGGUGCAUGGGGCGGCCUUUGCUUAUGUGCCCAGCCCACAAGUCCUGCACAGGAUUCCAGGGACAUCCACCUAUGCAUUCUCCAGUCUGAGCCCGGUGACCCUCACAGAGCACAGCUGUCCCUGUGGGGAGGUCCUGGAAUGUCAUGACCCACUCCCUGCCAAGCUGGCCCAGGAAGAGGAGCAAAAGCCAGAGCCCAGGCUGCCCCAGAAGCUGCGCCAGGUUGGCACAAAGCUCCUCAAGGUACCACUGAUGCUGAGCUUCCUGUACCUCUUCGUCUGCUCCCUGGACGUGCUCAGCUCUGCCUUCCAGCUAGCCGGAGGGAAGGUGGCUGGUGAUAUCUUCAAGGACAAUGCCAUCCUGUCCAACCCAGUGGCAGGGCUGGUAGUGGGAAUCCUGGUGACAGUACUGGUCCAGAGUUCCAGCACCUCAACGUCCAUCAUUGUCAGCAUGGUCUCCUCUGGCUUGUUGGAGGUGAGCUCUGCCAUUCCGAUCAUCAUGGGCUCCAACAUUGGCACCUCGGUCACCAACACCAUCGUGGCCCUGAUGCAGGCAGGGGACAGGACUGACUUCCGGCGGGCUUUUGCAGGGGCCACAGUGCACGACUGCUUUAACUGGCUGUCUGUCCUGGUCCUGCUGCCCCUGGAGGUUGCCACGGGCUACCUGCAUCACGUCACCGGGCUCGUGGUUGCCUCCUUCAACAUCCAUGGUGGCCAAGAUGCUCCUGACCUUCUCAAGGUCAUCACAGAACCCUUCACAAAGCUCAUCAUCCAGCUGGACAAGUCUGUCAUCACCAGCAUUGCCGUGGGGGAUGAGUCCCUGAGGAAUCAUAGUCUCAUCCGGAUUUGGUGCCACCCAGACCCACCAAAGGCUCCCACUUCUAUGUCCAGGACAGAGGCCAACAUCAGCCUUGCAAAUACCACCAUGGAGAAAUGCAACCAUAUCUUCGUGGACACGGGGCUGCCUGACUUGGCCGUGGGGCUCAUUCUGCUGGCUGGCUCCCUGGUGGUUCUGUGCAGUUGUCUUAUUCUCCUUGUCAAGAUGCUCAACUCUCUGCUCAAGGGCCAAGUGGCCAAUGUCAUCCAGAAGGUCAUCAAUACGGACUUUCCAGCCCCCUUCACCUGGGUCACGGGCUACUUUGCCAUGGUCGUGGGUGCCAGCAUGACCUUCGUGGUCCAGAGCAGCUCUGUGUUCACCUCAGCCAUCACCCCACUCAUUGGUCUGGGUGUGAUCAGCAUUGAGCGUGCCUACCCUCUCACACUGGGCUCCAACAUUGGCACUACCACAACAGCCAUCCUGGCAGCACUGGCCAGCCCCAAGGAGAAGCUGUCGAGUUCCUUUCAGAUUGCCCUCUGCCACUUCUUCUUCAACAUCUCGGGCAUCUUGCUGUGGUACCCGCUGCCCUGCACACGCCUGCCCAUCCGCAUGGCCAAGGCACUGGGCAAACGCACCGCCAAGUACCGCUGGUUUGCCGUCCUCUACCUCCUCGUGUGCUUCCUGCUUUUGCCUUCCCUGGUGUUUGGCAUUUCCAUGGCAGGCUGGCAGGCCAUGGUCGGUGUGGGCACACCCUUCGGGGCCCUGCUAGCCUUUGUGGUGCUUGUGAAUGUCCUGCAGAGCCGAAGUCCCGAGCACCUACCCAAGUGGCUGCAGACAUGGGACUUCCUGCCCCGAUGGAUGCACUCUUUGCAGCCCCUGGACGGCCUUAUCACACGCGCCACCUUGUGCUAUGCCAGGCCUGAGCCCCGUUCACCCCAACUUCCCCCUAGAGUCUUCCUGGAGGAGCUUCCCCCCGCCACACCCUCUCCUCGCCUUGCCCUGCCCGCUCACCACAAUGCCACCCGUCUCUAGAUGGCAGGCCCAGACUACUGCCUGGAGCAGGGAACAGUGUCUCUAUGGAGCCCACAGUAGAAGGACAGAGGAGUGUGUGUGCAUGUGUGUAGAGGCACAUCAGUUGAGGUUCAUGAUUUUGUGCCCCCCCCCUGGGUCCCCAUCCAUAUGCAGGGCCAUAGUGAUGUGGGCUUUUGUAAUUAAGAGGCAGUGUGCACAAGUACACACGUUAGAUGGUGAGUCUGUGUGACCGUCAGUGUAGAUAUAGUCCACGUGUGUACACUGUGUGUCAACCCAUGCACAUGAACGGACAAACCUACAUACAAAGUGUGUGUGUAUACACACACAGGAAGCUGUGCACAAGGUGCAGGCUAUCUGGUCAUGAGUUUGGUUGUUUGGAGAUACAAGACCUGAGCUUGUGUCCUUGUGUACACAAGAUUGCUACAAGUAAAGGUGGCCCUGGAUCAGUGA